AUGGCUUCUUCAAGUGGGAAUUCAUCUCAGAUCCAAAACUCAGGAUCCGAUGAGGAUUUACUUGACCAAAGGAAGAGGAAGAGAAUGCAAUCAAACCGUGAAUCUGCACGAAGAUCGAGAGUAAGGAAACAGAAACAUGUUGAUGAUCUCACCGAUCAAAUCAACCAGAUCAAGAAAGAUAACGCCCAGAUCGUCACCACCAUUAACGUCACCACACAACAGUUUGUUCAUGUGGAAGCCGACAACUCUGUGUUGAGAGCUCAGAUUGGUGAGCUCAGCCAGCGGCUGGAUUACCUUAACGAAAUCAUUAAUCUCAUGAACAACAACUGCACAAACACUAAUUGCACGAAUGGUGCAAGUACAACUGGGCUUUUUGAGUUUGAAAAUCACGAUGAUUUUAUGAACAAUCCAUGGAACUUGAUGUACCUCAACCAACAGCCAAUCAUGGCUGCUGAGAUGUUACGGUACUAG